AGUAGCCAUGCAGAAGCAAAGAGCAGAAAGUGAUUUUGUGCCAACGCAAAGCACUCGAGAUACAGAGACUGAACUAUUUCCCUGUUCUCAUGCUGCUGAAAAUCAGCAAGAACUCAAGCCGUUGUUUGGGAUUGAUUUGCUUCACACAAAGGCAGGCUAUGUCACGAACGAUGGAUCUCUGCUGAGUGAUCUGAAAGAAGAAGAAAAUGCGACCGUGUCAAGUGAAGCGGAAAAACUAGUAGCCAUGCAAAAGCAAAGAGCAGAAAGUGAUUUUGUGCCAAUGCAAAGCACUCAAGAUACAGAGACUGAACUGUUUCCCUGGAUAAUGAAAAAGGGCGCUGAUCCUCAUGCUACUUUGGGAAAAGUUCAUUCUUAUUCAUCACACUCAGAGUGGGAAGUUGGUUCACAUUACUCAGAAUUGGAAGUUGGUUCACAUUGCUCAGAAUCAGAAUCUGAAGACACUGAUGAGAAGAUGAAGAUUCGAGCAAGUCGAGAAUAUCAUAGGAGAGAAACAUCGGAAAGUGCAGUUUUGCAAAUGCGGAACACUGCAGAGCCAGAGGUUGAACCCUUUUCCGUGGAAGUAAAUGAAGACACUGCUUCUGACGAAGUUCAUUCAUAUUCCUCAGAACAAGAAUAUGAAGUUGAUUCAUAUUGCUCAGGUCCGGAAUAUGAAGUUGGGGAUAAAAAGGCGAGGAUAGAAGCUAGUCCAGAAUAUAAUGAUAUUAUACACAUACCAAAGAUGAAAAAGGAAAGUUCUUCACAUGCUACUUUGGAUGAUGCCAAUGCCUUAAUUGAUAUGUUAGGUGGCAGUGGAAAACGAGAAGGCAGACCAUCAGAAGGAUGGGGUGCAAUUAAAUAUGACUCUAUAGUCGACCAUCUCAUUAAGUCCAUAAAAAAAUCUAACAUUGAAAAAAUUGGAAUAUAUGGCAGAAAUGAGGUUGCAAAAGCUAUUGUCAUUGAAGCUUUGAAGGAAUCAGCAAUUUUGAGAAAUUUAUUUGAUAGAGUCAUCUGUGUUACUGUUCCUCUGAACUGCCACAUGGAAAAGGUGCAAAAGGAGAUUGCUGGACAAAUAUCUUGUGAUUUAACUGAAGCCAAUGCAGUUGAUAUGCCACAUUCGGUGGUGAAUGCAUUGGAAGGCCUCAAGUUUUUGCUCAUUCUUGUUGGCGUUAACCAACACAUGAAGCUAGAGACAUUGAGGAUUCCUGAAGCAACACCACCAGUUGGUAGCAAGAUAGUCUUUGUGACUAGAUCAGGACAAUUGUGCGAUGAAAUCGAAGUGGAUAAGAAAAUAUGCUUGGAUGAUCUGUUGCUGUACGAAUUAUUUCGUCAGAAUGUGGGUGAAGUUGUUUAUUAUUCUAAAAAGCCAUAGCUAGAGAAAUAGUUAGGAUGUGCAGGCCAUAUUCACGUGCUGUUAUUCUAGUGGCAAGGGCACUGCAAAAUGUUGAUGACAUUUUAAUCUGGAAACAUGUGCUUGAAAGACUGAAUGUUCGACCUACGAGUCAUGAAGUAGGUAUAGAAACUCUUAUGGUUAAUGUAUUAAGAUUCUGCAUUGACCAACUAGAAGAUGAUAAAACUAGAAGAUGCUUGAAAAAUCUUGCUCUUUGUAACAAUUACCAUGAGAUUGCAUCUGAGUCUGCCAUAGGCCUAUGGGUCAGAGAUGGUAUCGUAGACGCCCAUGAUGAAGGCCAAAAAGUCCUAAAAGAUCUUGUCAAUGCUAGCCUGCUCCAAGUUGAUGAGAAUCGGCAAUUUGUGAAGUUUCAAGACCAGGAUCAGGAUAUAUUAGUGAACUUAAUAUUUCAGCUCGAGGAAAAUCGUGUGUUUCUGAUGCGAGGUGGCUUGGAUUUGAUAGAGCCACCAGAGGUUGAGGAAUGGGAGAGUGCAAAAGAGAUUUGUUUGAUGCAUACCGCAAUUUCUGAGCUACCGAAGGAACCAAGGUGCCCUUCACUUUCGUCGUUAUAUCUGCAAAGAAAUUACAAGCUAAGAAAGCUUUCUUCUUCAUUUUUCAAUCAGAUGCCUGCUCUAGAAGUAUUGAAUCUGUCUAGAACCCGCAUUCGGUGCUUGCCGGAGUCCAUAUCUCAACUUGUCGGCCUCAAAAGACUCUUCUUGAAUGAUUGUGUCCUAUUGAGAUCGAUAUCGCCAGCAAUUGCAGGGCUCAAGCGGCUGGAGGUAUUUGAUCUUGAGGGGACGAAGAUUAAGAGUCUUCCCAGGGAAAUUGAAUGUUUAAUUAAUUUGACUUGUUUGGGAAUCUCAAUUUCUGGAACUGAACCUUUUAGUGACUCGAAAACAGUGAUUCCUCAUGGGGUAAUAUCUUCUCUAUUGCACUUGGAAGAACUGAAUCUAGAUGUGGAUGCCAAUGCCGAAUGGUGGGAUACAUGUGCUGAAGGUGUUUUAUCUGAAGUUUGCAACUUGAAAAGGUUAAGCACUUUCAAAUUCUCCUUUCCUACAUUGGAACUUUUGAGGCAGUUUAAUCAGCUAAGGAAAUCAAUGGAGCAUCCAUCUUUAGCUCAAUUCAGACUUUGUGUUGGUAAUCAUGCUAGCCGCAUCAUGAAUCGGCUACCUUCAGAUAUUGAAUUCGAGCUGGAACAGUGCAACCGAUUCUUGAGGUACACAAAUGGUGAUGGUGUCUUCACGGAUAUUAAGGACAUCCUGCAACAAUCAGAUGCUUUUUUUCUUAGAAAGGCAUGCUAAUCUUAAGAAGCUGUCUGAACUAGGGAUAGAUAACAUGGACCAACUCAAGUGGUGUGUUCUGGGGGAGUGUAAUGAGCUUGAGGUGCUCGUGGAUGCAUCUGAUACCCUUCAUCAAGAGGCUUUAACUGAAUCUCACUGCAAAAGCAUUUGUCUUGAAUCGCUAGAGUUUCUGUAUGUGUAUUACAUGAGAAACUUGAGAAACAUUUGGAAAGGCUCAAUGCAGAAGGGAUGUUUAUCUUCUCUCAAGCUGUUGACAUUGUGUAAAUGCCCGAGUUGAUAGUUAUUUUCUCAAGCGAGAUGCUUGAUAAUCUCAACAACUUGGAAGAGGUCACAGUUGAGGACUGCCCAGCCAUCAAAAGCCUAAUUACCUGCCAAACUUCUACUGGCAAAGUUUGUGAGACGUCGUAUUUCCUCCCUAUUUUGAAGAAGUUGUCUCUCCAUUACGUACCUAAACUUUCCAAUGUAUCCUGUGGGCUACGGAUUGCACCGAGGCUAGAAAGAUUGAGUUUUUAUGACUGCCCGAGUCUCAAGUCUCUUUCGACUGAUGAAGUUUCCAGUGAGCAUUUGAAGAAAAUCAGGGGGGAGAGGAGUUGGUGGGAGGACUUGAAAUGGCACGGCCAUAAGCCAGAUCACUUGGACAGUAUUUUCGUCCCAAUUGACACAUGUGACAUCCCUUAACUCGUGCGUGUGCGCGGGUGCGAUUCCUAUUGUUGGAAUUGCCUGACAAGUCAGUGGGAACUUCAGUUAUUUGACGACUAUUGUAUGGAAAAUAUCGCUAAUUAAACUUUGACAACUCAUGCCUCCCUAAUGGCAGGCUUUACUUGC